GCCGGCUGGGCGCUCGCUAAUGUUUAACUAGGGGCUGAAACUUGGGAGAGCCGAGUGACUCCGCGGCCGGGAGCCGCGGAGUUGGACUCGAGUCUCGGCGACUCGCCUGACUUCUGUCUGCCCUCCCGCUCCGGACGCUCAGUUCCGAGCAGACGCCGACGAUGAAGACACAGUGGAAGGUGCUCCUAGGAUUGCUGGGAACUGCUGCGCUCGUCACCAUCAUCACCGUGCCAGCCGUUCUGCUGAACAAAGGCAAUUCGUGUCAUUUGUCCACUUCUAUACUGAUCACUGGCAAGGAGAAUGAAUCACCAAGCUUGGACUGGAUGAAUCAAGAUUUAACUUUGUGGGACAAAGAGGAACCUAAGAGGAGGGUGGAAGAGGAAGCAGAUGAUGCUACAGCUGACAGUCGCAGAACCUACACGCUAACUGAUUAUUUAAAAAAUACUUUGAGAACAAAGUUAUACACCUUGAGAUGGAUUUCAGACCACGAAUAUCUCUACAAACAAGAAAAUAAUAUCUUGCUAUUCAAUGCCGAAUAUGGAAACAGUUCCACUUUCUUGGAGAACAGUACAUUUGAUAAAUUUGGACAUUCCAUAAAUGAUUAUUCAGUAUCUCCUGAUAGACAGUUUAUUCUCUUAGAGUACAACUAUGUGAAGAAAUGGAGGCAUUCCUACACAGCUUCAUAUGACAUUUAUGACUUAACUAAAAGGCAGUUGAUUACAGAAGAGAGAAUUCCAAACAACACACAGUUCAUCACAUGGUCACCAGAGGGUCAUAAAUUGGCAUAUGUUUGGAACAAUGAUAUUUAUGUUAAAAAUGAGCCAAAUUCAUCAAGUCAGAGGAUCACAUGGACUGGGAAAGAAAACGUAAUAAGUAAUGGAAUAACCGACUGGGUUUAUGAAGAGGAAGUCUUCAGUGCCUACUCUGCUCUGUGGUGGUCUCCGAACGGCACUUUUUUAGCAUAUGCCCAAUUUAAUGACACCGAAGUCCCGCUUAUUGAGUUCUCCGUCUACUUUGAUGAGUCACGGCAGUACCCAAAGACUGUGUAUGUUCCAUAUCCAAAGGCAGGAGCUGAGAAUCCAACUGUAAAGUUUUUCAUUGUAAAUAUCAACAAUCUGACUAAUGCAGUUUCUAGACAGAUCGUUGCUCCUGCUUCUGUGUUAACCGGGGAUCACUACUUGUGUGACGUGACAUGGGUAACCAAAGAAAGGAUUUCUUUACAGUGGCUCCGGAGGAUUCAGAACUAUUCAGUCAUGGAUAUUUGUGACUAUGAUGAGUCUAAUGGAAGUUGGAGUUGCUUAGUGGCACGGCAACACUUGGAAAUUAGUGCUACUGGCUGGGUUGGAAGAUUUAAGCCUUCAGAACCUCAUUUUACCUCUGACGGGAAUAGCUUCUAUAAGAUCAUCAGCAAUACGGAGGGCUACAAACACAUUUGUCUUUUCCAAAUAGAUAAGAAAGAUUGCACAUUUAUUACAGAAGGAGCAUGGGAAGUUAUCAGCAUACAAGCUCUUACCAGUGAUUACCUAUACUACAUUAGUAAUGAGUAUAAAGGAAUGCCAGGAGGAAGAAAUCUUUAUAAAAUCCAACUUAACAAUUACACAGAAGUGACGUGUCUUAGUUGUAACUUGCAUCAAGAAAGGUGUCAAUAUUAUUCUGUAUCAUUUAGUAAAGAGGCGAAGUACUAUCAGCUGAGAUGUUCAGGCCCUGGUCUGCCCCUCUAUACUCUGCAUAGCAGCAGCGAUGAUAAAGAACUGAGAGUCCUGGAAGACAAUUCAGCUUUGGACGAAAUGCUGCAGGAUGUCCAGAUGCCCUCAAAAAAACUGGACUUCAUUAUUUUGAAUGAAACAAAAUUUUGGUAUCAGAUGAUCUUGCCUCCUCAUUUUGAUAAAUCCAAGAAAUAUCCGCUACUAAUAGAAGUGUAUGCAGGGCCCUGUAGUCAAAAAGCAGAUGCCACCUUCACACUCAACUGGGCUACUUACCUUGCAAGCACGGAAAACAUUAUAGUAGCUAGCUUUGACGGCAGAGGAAGUGGUUACCAAGGAGAUAAGAUCAUGCACGCAAUCAACAGACGACUGGGAACACUUGAAGUUGAAGAUCAAAUUGAAGCAGCCAGACAAUUUUUAAAAAUGGGAUUUGUGGAUGACAAAAGAAUUGCAAUUUGGGGCUGGUCAUAUGGAGGGUAUGUAACCUCGAUGGUCCUGGGAGCAGGAAGUGGUAUAUUCAAGUGUGGAAUAGCUGUGGCACCUGUGUCAUCAUGGGAGUUCUAUGACUCGGUGUACACAGAACGUUACAUGGGUCUCCCAACUGCAGAAGACAACCUUGACCAUUACAAGAAUUCAACAGUCAUGAGCAGAGCUGAAAAUUUUAAACAAGUUGAGUACCUCCUUAUUCAUGGAACAGCAGAUGAUAACGUUCAUUUUCAGCAAUCAGCUCAGAUCUCCAAAGCUUUGGUGGAUGCUGGAGUGGAUUUCCAGGCAAUGUGGUACACAGAUGAAGAUCAUGGAAUCGCUACCAGCACAGCACACCAACAUAUAUAUACUCACAUGACCCACUUCAUAAAACAGUGCUUCUCUUUACCUUAGCACCUCGAAAGAGCAUGCCAUUUAAGGCUUAUUAAAAAUCGUUUUGUUAUUAUCUUAAAACUGCACUGUCAAGAUGAUCUUAAAAAAAAUAUUCAAAUCAAGAAAUGUAAGGUUACCUUUGUUCCCAAAUUUCAUAUCUAGAACCCUGAGUGGAGACUUCUGUCUUUGCAACAGAUUAUUACCUUACAGAAGUUUGCAUUCUUCAGUCUGGUUUUGUUUAUUAUUUAAAAUCAUUUCCACAUCGGUUGCUAAAAUGAUAAAUAUGAAUUGUUUUUAGGGGAGCUUUGCAUAAAUUUCCUGGGAAGAAUUUUAUUUUUUUCUGACUGGACUCGUCUGAAUCUUGUUCUCUUCUUUAAAGAAAUGGCAAGAUGUGUGCAGUGAUGUCACAGAAGCAGGGGUAGGAAAAGAGGGGGCAGGAAGAGAAGCUAGCUGAGGAUGGCUGGGAACCCAAGCCCAAGCACGCUGACCCGACCAGGCUUUUGUCAGCUCCUCUCAGAGAAGAGCUGUUCAUAGCCAGACUAGCACAGUUUUCUGAGAAAGACUACUCAGACUGUCUCAGGAAAUCACAUAUGCAAAGUACUGACUUCUGAGUAAAACCACAGCAGUUGAAUAGACUCCAAAGAAAUGAGAGGGAAACUGCCAACAAUGCAAGGCCCCAGGUGCCAGUUAUGGCUAUAGGUGCUACAAAAACACAGCAAGGGUGAUGGGAAAGCAUUGUAAAUGUGCUUUAAAAAAUACCAAUGUUUCCCCCUGAAAGAGGCAGCUUGGAACUGAGAUGUGAACACAUCAGCUUGCCCUGUUAAAAAAUGAAAAUAUUUGUAUCGUAAAUCCUAACUUGAAGAAGUCCUUGCAUCAGUUUUUCUUUUUUCUAUAAUUAAAAGAAUAUUUUUACUUCCUUGGACUUGUUUUUUAAAAUUGACAAAAACCCUACAAAGUCCUAAGUAUUAUUAUUCCCAUUCUACAUACUGUAGAAUUUCUCCUGGUCAUUUAAUAAACAUGUCUUCAUUUUUUCAGAGGUAAUGAGUUUUGUAUCUUGAAUCGGAUCUAAACCACAUUGGCAUAUGGACACAUUUAUCCAGAAAGGCUCUUGUUUAUUUUGCUUGUUAUCCCAGACUGUCUUGUAAACAUGGAGAGAGUUCAGUUUUUAUAAAAAAUAGAUACAUAGAAAUGUGUUAAAUUAAGCAGUUCAUUGGGUUUUCAUCCAAUACAUAUAUGAUUUCUGUUAUCAUACAUAUUAUAUAUAUAUAUAUAUAGCUUUUGAAAAAUCAACUUAAAAUAAUUUGGGUUAUUUAUAUAGCAUAUAAUUUAUAAUUUUAUGCCAGGGAACUAUGAUAAGGCACAAAUUAUAAGAAGAAGUAAUAUCAACAAUAUCAUCUUGGAGUUCUGAUGGCUCAGAAAUAAUAAAAAGAAUCAGUCAAUCACUUAA